UAUUCUGUACUUCAUGCAUGGUUUGCCAAAGUUUACUGCACCUUUCAUAACCCUGACAAUGGAUGUUGACAUUGCUGAACUUUGUACUUGUAAAGUUCGCCUUUUCUAACUAUUUUUUUCUGUUUGAAAACUUCCUAUUUUACAUGCACGCAAAGCUUACUUCAGAAAUUUUACUUUAUUUUUUAAACACUAUGAGUGCUAAAUAUACAGAGUCAACUGCCACCCAAAGUACACUGAAUCUUCUUCUUCCUGAUUUUCCUCCGGGACCACUUGAUGCUUAUCGAAGGAAGGCCUCAUUUAAUUGGAAAGAAUUUAUUGUAUUUUUUGAGGGUGAAGAUGUCCUUACUUUUAAGAAGAAUGUAUUAUCAACUUUAGAAAAAGAUCCACUGUUUGCACGUGUACCUGGUGAAGAUAUCCCUCUAGAAAAACAGCGUGAGCUCACUUUCCUUCGCAGCAAACAACUCUUCCGAUAUAAUUUCCUUACAAAUGAGGAAGCAAUGCAAAAUCCUUUUUUAACCUCUGCACUUAGCGACUGCUUAGGCAUGUAUGAUUGGUCUUUAUCAGCCAAAUAUUUUCUCAACUUGCAGAUGUUUGCUGGGACCGUAAGAAGGUCUGGCACAAAGAGGCAUGAACAAUUUGCAGAUGACAUAGAGAGCAUGAAGACAUUUGGCUGUUUUGCACUUACUGAAAUAAGCCAUGGAAGCAAUACCAGAGGCAUGAGGACAACUGCAAAAUAUGACCCCAACACUCAGGAAUUUAUUAUCAAUUCCCCUGAUCAUGAAGCUGCAAAAAUUUGGAUUGGAAACCUGGGAAAAACAGCCACUCAUGCAUUAGUUUAUGCUCAGCUUUAUACGCCUGAUGGAGUUUGCCAUGGCCUACAUCCCUUCAUAGUACAGGUCAGAGAUCCAAAAACACUCCUUGCUAUGCCUGGGGUGAUGGUUGGAGAUAUUGGCAAGAAGCUUGGCCAGAAUGGUCUGGAUAAUGGAUUUGUAUUGUUUUGUGAUGUUCGAAUACCUAGAGAGAACCUUCUGAACUCAACAGGAGAUAUAACACCAGAGGGCCUUUAUGUUACACCUUACAAGGAUCCCAAUAAACGGUUUGGGGCUUCACUUGGUGCAUUGUCAGGUGGCCGUGUUGGAAUUACACGAAUGUCAGUGAUUAAUUUGAAACUUGCAAUAUCAAUAGCCAUUCGCUAUUCAGCUGCACGAAAGCAAUUUGGACCAAGUGAAGAAGAGGAGAUACCAGUCCUUGAAUAUCAAUUACAGCAAUGGCGUCUAAUUCCCUAUCUGGCUGCAAUAUUUGCACUGGAUUAUUUUUCCAAAUCGUUGUUUAUCAAUUUUCUUGAGUUUCAAAUUGGCCUCAUGAUGAAGGAUAACAGUGAUCGACAGGCAGAAAUUGGAAGAGAAAUUCAUGCAUUAUCUUGCGCCAGCAAACCUCUAAGCUCUUGGACUGCUCAACAGGCUGUUCAGGAGUGCAGGGAAGCCUGUGGAGGACAUGGCUACUUGACAAUGAACAGAAUUGGUGAUAUUAGGAAUGACAAUGACCCAAAUUGCACAUAUGAAGGAGACAAUAAUGUGAUUUUGCAGCAAACAAGCAACUACCUUCUUACAUGGAUAAGCUUGAAAUAUCAAGGAAAAUCGACAAAUGAAUCUCCUUUGGGCUCUCUCAACUUUCUUGGAGACUUUCAUACCAUUCUGAGUAAAGUAUUUGAAGUAACUGUAGAAGAUGAAUGUCUGGAUUCUUCAGUUCCAUUGUUAGCUUAUAAGUGGCUGGUCUGUUACCUUUUGCAAGAAAGUUAUCUCAAGAUUCAACAAGAGAAACAAAUGGGAAAGUCAGAUUUUGAGGCCAAAAACAACAGUCAGGUUUAUUAUUGUCAUACAUUGGCUAUUGCCUAUAUAGAGCUUACUGCCCUGCAACGAUUUCAUGACUUUACCCAUGAUUCCAGUGUUCCACAUGGAUUACAGACUGUGUUGAAGAAACUAUGUGCUCUGUAUGGCCUAUGGAGUCUUAGCAAGCAUAUAGCUGUGCUUUACCAAGGUGGCUACUUCUGUGGUAAAAAGUGCACUGAAUUAAUUCAAAGUAGCAUCCUUACACUUUGCUCUCAGCUGAAGAAUGAUGCUGUCUCUUUAGUGGAUACAAUUGCACCUUCUGAUUUCAUUUUAAAUUCUCCCAUAGGAAAAGGAGAUGGUGAGAUUUAUAAAAACCUCUGGAGUGCAAUCUUACAGGGCAAAGGUGCCCUUGAGAGACCUUCGUGGUGGAUGACAUUUUCGUCUGAUAAACCUCUUGUUGGUAGUCUUCGAGGAAAGCUGUAACUCUUACUGUUCUCAUCUGAUGAAGUUUCCAAAAAUGCCGAUACUUUUUAAUGACUAUUACAUUUAAUUUCAGAUGAUUAUAAGAAAUUGUUUCUAACCUUGUCCUCCAGAGUGUGCAAUAUAAUUAGUGCCAAUUAUAUUGGACUGUAAGCAAAAAUGCUGCUAGUUAAUCUCUGACACAAAUGUCUCUGUGUCCCUAAGGAAGCCGACUGAAUAACCAGUAUUACAGUUUUAUAUACAGUGUACAUAAAAAUGAAUAUUAUGGUGCUUGCAUGAUAGAUACUUAGGUCUACAGCCAUGCACUAGAAAAACUGUCGGUAAAUGGAAAAUUCGUGAUGGUAGCUACUAUGAGCUCUUGACAUGUAAUGUUUAAAUCACCCUCUAAAGCAAUGGAAGCUCUCAUACAGGUCUGAAAUAACCCUUUUUAUAUAAAGGAUGUUAGAUAUGUAGCAGUGUAAUGGUGUCUUUGGUUGCCGUUGGUGCUCUGGAACCACCUGCAAUCAAGAAGAAGGAUUCUCUGUUGAAAGCUUCACUUGGCCCAUGAACAGUUGUCAUUCUGUUCAAAAUAUAGGCACUCUAUAUAACCAGAGGACCCCUCACCCAAAUUUAAUAACACUAGAAUUUCCUGUUUAUUUCCCACAUAUUGCAGAUAUUAAAAAAAAUACUAUGGAAUGAAAAAAAAAUCACAUUUUAGCCAUGUGGAACCUCCUAGACAUCCCAUGUGCAAUAAAUUAAGAUUAAAAACUAGAAGUGCCAAACAAUGUGGUUCUAAACGUGCAACUACAAGGUUUUACCAUGAAAAUGAGUGCUUUAGAUAAUGUAAAAUAAACAUUAAAAUUAUCAGUAAAAAUGUUAGAAGGUCUCUUGAAGAGUAUUUUUUUCUGAAUUUUAUAAUUCAUUUAAAGAAAAAGAUUAUUAAUUGAGUUUGCCCCCACUAUUGCAAUCUGCAUUAAAACUUCAUAGUCACUGUUACUUUGAACCUAUAUACAGUAUAUUAUAGCGUUCUAAAAUAAACUUUUAUUAAGACUAUACUAGACUUUAAUAAUGCUUUCAAAUUAAGUCAAUAAAAGUGUUAUCUGUAACGUUGAACAGUUUUUCAUGAUAUACAAUAACAUGUGCAUUACUUGUUAAUUAUGUGAUCCUAUAUAACAUUUAAUAAGUUUAUUAUUUGGGUUAAUAAUUGGUAUAUCUUUUGUGAUAGGAAAAAUGAUGCUACAUAUUUUUCAGAGAAGCAAUAAUAUUUGUGAUUUAUUUUAUUAUUAUUUUAUUAACUUUUGAUUAAAGUAAAUUUCUAAUUUGAAA